GUUAUAAUCUCACUUUACUUAACCUGCUUAAUGAGUUAUUAUUGACUCGUUUGAUUAUGUUCGCAUUAAGCUAUCAACUAGCUUCACUCAAUUAACUUUAAGCGUCUCUCUGGUUGCAGUGUGAGGUGAAGCGUGAGAUGCGGCGCUGAAUACCGAACUCUGGAUAGCCCCGAGUUUCGGGGCCAAGCUCAGCUUCCUGCUGGCAGCUGCACGCCUCAGCGCCACUAUCCACCGCGCCAGGCUCCAGAGACACCAGCGAACCCAUCAGGAGCCGUUGACAAGGCCCCAUGCUCACACUCCUGCAAGGAUACGAAGUCCAAAAGCAAAUCGGUUGCAUCCGACACGCCACACUCGCCUUGUUCGCAGCUUCGAAGUGGUUGCCGCCGUCCCUACAAGCCUUGAAGGUUGAUCUUGUCAAGACGCAGGAAACAGCGGGAAAACAUGGCUCAGACACCGACAAUCAAUCAGAGAACUUCUGUCGACGUGAUCCAUGCCGAAACCCACUCUACUGCAUCCCUCGGGCUUCAGUUUCUCUCUCCAUCCAAGUUCACAGACGAGAGUGCUACUAGUACCACACUGCAAGCCGGCAUAAGCCAUGUCUACCUGGCACACCCUCUCCAGGGUGCUGGUUCGUCGCGUUCCAACAUCGCCCCUUCACGGUUUGUUGAAUCGCCACCGAUGGCUCGAGUUGUUUGACUCUUGACUGCCGGUCUGAGUCUGUACAAUUAGGUGACGAUCUGUAGCACACCUUAGCUAUGCUGCCCUCAUCAAUCGUGUACAACUACAGGGCCGUCCGCGGGUAUAUCCUCUGGAAACCGCACGGCCAAGUCAAGCCAUCCCGGUCUUAGGGUCCUGGAGCUCUCAAAGAACCAGUGCCGCACUCCUCCCGUUGGUCGAGUUGACGCCACCGACCACGGGCACAACUCUUGGUCGUGGUGAAAUGUUCCAAGCCGUCUCGCUGACCAUUCUUCUAGUCUCUUUAUGGCACUGGCUCAAGGCGGCCUUGAAUACUAGACCAACUACUAAUUACUACUGCUAUCACUUCGCCUCCAACCUACCUGCUAUGAACUCUUCCAUCCCUCACGUUCAUUACCCAGGAUCCCAGGUCAUCAAAUGCAUUGCACUCACUCCCGAAUGGUCCAGACUCAAAUUGACCAGCUGAAUCGGCCUUGAAUCUUUCUUGACCUGUCAUUCGUUAACACGCACCUUCCUUCUCCUCAGCCAACGGGAACGGGAAAUUUGUCACACAGCGGCGGCAACCUCCACAGUUUCUGCUACGAUUUCAGUUGGUUCACACAGGAUUCACUCCCUAUCUGUGAAUUGAUCCAGCAGUUUCGGUCACUUUUACUGGGAGUUCAGGGGUCUGUCCUCUUACCAGUUCACCCGAGACAGGACCGGUCUGAGGCAAGGACUCGAGCGCAGAACCUAGGCAACCCAAGAGCAACCCGAAGCACUCUGCUGCUGUGUAUAAAGAGUUCACGAAGCGGUCGGAAGUUCUCUGUCUUGCCAUUGGCAUCCAGAUUUCUUUACCUUCAACACAUCUCAAUAUGUACCGCAUCACUUUACUCCUUUUUUGGCUGGCAUUUCUUAGCCUCACCUCGGCUAGCCCGGUUCAAGUUGUUCGCAAAUCACUUAACCCGAAAAUGAUCAAGGUGCGCUCACCCGUCAGCGACACCGACUUCUCUUCUUCGGGUGAUUGGCCGACCAACGUGGUCAUGAUUGGCGGAUCUCAAACCUAUGGCAUGUGGGUUCCUGCCGACGGCACAACUUAUGAUUUGGGAACCAUUGAAUGUCUCGGAGUGCCUGCCUACGCCAUUGGGGACUGUAACGACAUUACCAUUGACAAGAUUGGCGUCGUGGUAGGCUACGGGCCUUGCAAGUUUACCGGCAAUGCUGGGUACAGCCAAGUCAUUGAGGGUGCAGCUGGGGAAGGAUAUCAGACGGUUGGGCCACCUCAGAAUAUCUUGACUGCAGCUUGUGGGCUAUGAAAGGCUGGAGGAACUUUUGGGCUGCAAUCAAAUUUCAUGAAUACGAGCAACGAUUGAUCGAGUUCGAGUUUGUUAUGAUAGACGCUUGGGUCUAUCUGCGUUCGAAGCAAGCGAUGUCGGCGGCUGACAUCUUUCCAAGGGUGGAAGGCAAUCGGCACAUGCAGGAGUGGUAUUUUCACCUACCGAGCAACCGUAUGACCGAGCUCCGAUUUCUGUGGCAGCAAUCAGACCAUAUUGGUGCGAGAAAGGUUGAUCACCACUACAUGUUUUGAGACGAUAUUUUUGAUGGAUGUAACCAAAUCCUGCACGACCUUUUGGCAAGGGCACCAUUUACCACUGCAACAAAUACUUGGCAUUGAAAGCAGCAGCAGCAGCAGCAACAACGUGGAGUAUUCCCCCACAGCAGGAAUGACUGCGAUCCGAAUUGGUUCGGACUUUUAGUCUGGAACCUGAAUGUUGGUCAGUUGACACGCUUGAUUGGAACAUCAACGAUCUGCCAGUGCAGUACUCCGAGCCCAUAAGGCGGGCCUGCAGUGAGGCGGAGACAAUAUCAUAAUGUCCAUGUCAUGCAGUGGGCAGACAGACGUCCGGGAUAUAUGGUCAAUGACUUGUACUAGAGCAACAAGCGCACCACUGCAACAGCAACAGGAAAAGGAAAGGAACAGCAAGACAAAGAGGAUCGCAAACCAACCACCUACUGCGCUGGUAACCACAUGACUGCUUGCGUUUAUAUAUCCCUUGCUACGCAAUUUUUAGUCGAGAAUCAUUUAUCUCAUUCUUAGCA